AUGGCGAAGUCUGGGUACACGCGCCCGCCGCCCGUCGCCGAGGACACAGCCGCGCUUCCCGCUCCCAGCGCCGUCCUGUACGUGGCCAACUGCGGGCCGGCGGUGGGGCUGACCCACGACGACGUCGCCGCGGCCUUCGGCGCCUUCGGGGAGGUCGAGGGGGUCAGCGCCGCCGACGACAGCGGCGCGCGCGUCAUCGUCCGGUUCCGCGAGCCCGCCGCCGCGGGGGCCGCGAUGGCCGCGCUCCACGGGCGCCCCUGCGGCCGCCUCUCCGGGCGCGUGCUGCACAUACGCUACUCGGUGCCCGCCCCGCCCAAGGCCGCCGUCGCCGUCUCCGCUCCCCCGGUGGCCCUCUCCUCGUCGGAGCUCGGCAUCCCGGGCAUUCACUUGGUCCAGGAGUUCGUCACCGCCGCCGAGGAACAGGAGCUACUUGCUGCUGUGGACAGUAGGCCGUGGAAAAGGUUGGCGAAAAGGCGAGUUCAGCAUUACGGUUAUGAGUUUCUGUAUGAAACCAGGAAUGUUGAUUCGAAGCAGUUCUUGGGUGAGUUGCCAUCUUUUGUUUCAAAAGUCCUCGACAAAAUUGUGACAUUCCCUGGUGUCAAGAAUUGUACUGGCAAACUGGUGGAUCAAUUGACGGUAAAUGAAUAUCCUUGUGGUGUAGGUUUGUCUCCACACAUAGACACACACUCAGCAUUCGAAGAAAUGAUUUUUAGUCUUUCUUUGGCUGGACCUUGCAUUAUGGAGUUCAGACAAUACCCGAAAGGCAGUUGGCGUGCUCCAAGUGUGGUCAGUGGAGCUGAUGAAGGUAGUAUCCAAGAUCCACAAUGCACGCGGAAAGCUGUAUUUCUACCUCCUAGGUCAAUGUUACUCAUGUCUGGAGAAGGCCGAUAUGCUUGGCAUCACUAUAUACCACACCAUAAGGUUGAUGACGUGGCUGGUCAAGUCAUUAAAAGAAAUUCGCGAAGGGUUUCCUUCACUUUACGAAAGGUGAGGAUGGGUCUUUGUGAAUGUGAAUAUGGGCAAUUUUGUGAUUCACAGAGCAAGUAA